AUGUACAUCUUUGACAGGCACUGCCAGUGCAUCUACUACCACGACUGGCACAGAGGCCAUACAGCCAAGACCGCCUUUGACACACACGGCGAUCCACUAGCCUCCCACCCAAGUGGCGGCGGUGGUGGAGGGUCCACCACGACAACAACGACCAUGACCGACCCACGACAAGGCAUGAACAUGUCCCUUGAGGAGGAAGGAAAACUCGUAUAUGGUGUCGUCUAUUCUCUCCGCAACCUCGUCAAAAAACUCGGCAAAAGCCAGGACGGGUUCAUCGCAUACAGGACAUCACACUACAAGUUGCACUAUUACGAAACCCUGACAGGCCUCAAAUUCGUCAUCAACUCGGACCCCAACGUCGAAUCCCUCCAACAGGCGUUACGUCAGAUCUAUACCCAAAUCUAUGUCGAGCUCGUUGUCAAGAACCCCCUCGCCUGUGCGACCAUCACCAGUGGACAAGUCAACCCAGAAACCAUGGGCGCCGAGGGAUUCCGGAACGGCGUCGAUCGGUUCGUUCGUUCCUUAACCAUGUUCGACACCUAG